AUGGGUCGUGGGAACUUUGGAGGCAGCAGUGGAAGUUACAACAGAGGUGGAAGUUUUGGCAGUAGAGGAGGCUAUGGCAGCGGAGGUGGUGGCAGCAGUAGAGGAAGCUUUGGGAGCGGCGAUGGAUAUAAUGGUUUUGGUGAUGGUGGAAACUAUGGUGGUAGCCCUGGGUAUGGUAGCCGAGGUGGUUAUGGUGGUAGCCCAAGCUAUGGAAAUCCAGGUGGCGGAUAUAGCGGAGGAGGUGGAGGCUAUGAUGGUUAUAAUGAAGGAGGAAGCUUNAAAAUUGAAACCAUAGAAGUAAUGGAAGACAGGCAGAGUGGAAAGAAAAGAGGUUUUGCCUUUGUGACAUUCGAUGAUCAUGAUACAGUAGACAAAAUUGUUGUUCAGAAAUACCACACUAUAAAUGGGCAUAACUGUGAAGUGAAGAAAGCUCUCUCCAAGCAAGAAAUGCAGACUGCAACUGCACAAAGAAGUCGUGGGAGUAGUUCAAGCAACUUCAUGGGUCGUGGGAACUUUGGAGGCAGCAGUGGAAGUUACAACAGAGGUGGAAGUUUUGGCAGUAGAGGAGGCUAUGGCAGCGGAGGUGGUGGCAGCAGUAGAGGAAGCUUUGGGAGCGGCGAUGGAUAUAAUGGUUUUGGUGAUGGUGGAAACUAUGGUGGUAGCCCUGGGUAUGGUAGCCGAGGUGGUUAUGGUGGUAGCCCAAGCUAUGGAAAUCCAGGUGGCGGAUAUAGCGGAGGAGGUGGAGGCUAUGAUGGUUAUAAUGAAGGAGGAAGCUUUGGAGGCAACUACGGUGGUAGUGGAAGCUACAACGAUUUUGGCAACUACAGCGGACAGCAGGCCUCAAGUUACGGACCCAUGAAAGGAAGUGGCAGUUUCAGUGGCAGAAGUUCGGGCAGUCCCUAUGGUGGUGGCUAUGGAUCGGGAGGAGGCAGUGGCGGCUAUGGUGGAAGAAGAUUCUAG